CCAUUAUAAUAAUAUUGUCGUUUUCGUUGUACCUUUUUGUACGCAUAACUGUACAUAAUAUAAUAUUUAUUUUCUGCCACUAUCUACGGGAAAACCCAGUAAUUUUUUAGUUAUUCAAAUUGUUUAUUUUUUUUUAUCACACGUACGACACACGACUCACAUUUCGAACCGGUGUCGUGUUCAUAGUUUUAAUUUUUUCUUCCUUCCCCCCCGAUAAUUAUUAUCAACAACACCGUCAUCAUCAUCAUCGCAAUCAUCAUCAUCAUCAUCAUCGAAUAUACGCGAUGUACGUCGUGUCCUGUGAACCUCACGGACAUGUUUUCAUCUCGUGAUAGUAGUCUAUAGUUGCAGCCGUUCUCGUCUUCACCGCCGCCGCCGCCGCCGCCGCCGCCGACACCAACGCUGUCGAGAACACACCGACACAUGCGUAUUUAUUAUUGAUAGCGAAUUGUUUGGAAACGCGAAUAGUGUCGAUACUAAUACAUUAUAUACACGAUAUAGCUAUUAACGCAUCACGGUACGCGUAACGAUCAUCGAAACUGGUCGUUGGAAACGGAAUAAUUGCUCGUGACUAGUAAAAGGUAGCAUCAGAUUCAUUGAACGCCUCCGCCGUCAUCUGUAUUUGUCCGCAUUACGGGUUGUAGAUAGUUCUUGAACAGCACUCGAUUUUCCUAUAGGCGACAUCAUGUCGGUGUUACCACGAAGAAUUCUCAAGGAGACCCAACGCCUUAUGCAAGAACCGGUGCCCGGCAUCAGUGCCAAGCCGGACGAAGGAAAUGCUAGGUAUUUUCAUGUUAAAGUUACCGGUCCUGAAGACUCUCCGUUUGAAGGAGGUCUCUUCAAGUUGGAGCUGUUUUUGCCUGAAGAUUAUCCCAUGUCUGCUCCAAAAGUUCGCUUCAUCACUAAAAUAUACCAUCCAAAUAUCGACAGACUUGGAAGAAUAUGUUUGGAUAUUCUGAAGGAUAAAUGGUCACCUGCAUUGCAAAUUCGUACCGUUCUUUUAUCUAUUCAAGCAUUGCUGAGUGCACCAAAUCCAGAUGAUCCAUUAGCCAAUGAUGUUGCUGAACUAUGGAAAGUAAAUGAAAUUGAAGCCAUACGUAAUGCUAAAGAGUGGACACGCAUGUAUGCCACAGAAAACUGAAUAGUACGCUUUAAGUGAGGAGUAUAAAAAUAAAGUUAAUAAUUGUAAUAAUUUAAAAUACUCGGAACGACAACCAUUAUAAAUCGAGCAAUAUAAUUUAUAUAUUUUUUUCCGGCCGUUAACUUUUAGCUUAUGGAAAUUUAUCAACAAUAUAGAAAAUGGUAAUGAAGGAAUUACUUGUUAACAUAUUUUUAUGUCCUCAAAUUGUAUUACUAUGCCUUUGGCACUGUAAUCAAUAAAAACUUAAAAGGGUAGGAAGUUUUACUAGCUUAUUCCACUGAAUGAAAUAUAGUUUUUAAGUCAUCAGUGAAUACUAGUAAAACAUUAUAUAUUUACAUAAUAUAUAUAUAUACUCAUUUUAAUGUAAUGCUUUUAUCAGUUGUAUCUUAAUUUAAAUUUGUCCAUAUUUUACAAUUAUA